AUGAUCAACAUACUCCAGAUCAACCUCCAACGGAGCCCCGCGGCCCAGAGCCUCCUUCAGCAGACGUCGGCCGAGAGGGGAACCCACGUCCUCACUGUCUCGGAACCCAACUGGCACCCCGCCAACGACGACAGGUGGGUUAGCAGCGACGACGGCACCUGUGCCGUCGCCCUGACAGCGGCAGCUGACUUCGUCGCGGAGACCAACGGCGCGGGUCGCGGAUACGCCUGGAUCCAGGGACGGGGCCUGAGAGUCUACAGCUGCUACAACUCCCGCAACGACACCGCUGAAAACUUUGCCGCCUUCCUCGACGACGUCCACCAGUCCGCCCGCGAGUGUGACCGCCGGACUCACCUAGUCAUCUGCGGCGACUUCAACGCGUGGUCGCAAGAGUGGGGCUCGGCGCGCAACGAUCGAAGGGGCGAGCAGCUGGCCGACCUCGCCGCCAGCCUGGGGCUUAGCGUCGAGAACACGGGCAACACGGCCACCUACCGGCGGAUCAACGCCGAGUCGAUCAUCGACAUAACGUUCUCUCGCCUCGCGGCGCCAGCCGUCAUACGGGGCUGGAGCGUCCUGGAAGACGUCGAGUCCGCCAGUGACCACAGAUACGUCGAGUUCUCCAUACACCCGACGCCGGACGACGACGAAACCGAUCGCAAUCGCCCCACGGGCUGGUCGUACCGACAGCUGGAUCCCGCCGCGCUCGCAGCGCACCUGGUGAACACGGUCCAACCCGCCGUCGACGACACCACCACCGCGACCCGGGCAGCCGAUCAACUGAGCGACUACCUGGAGGCGGCCUGCGACGCGUGCAUGCCUCCGAGGGCCUCCCCGAGAGCGGGCAGGAUAUCAGUCCACUGGUGGUCCAACGGCCUAACCUAA